AUGUCCGGUCGCGGUAAAGGAGGAAAAGGUUUGGGUAAGGGAGGUGCGAAACGUCACAGAAAAAUCCUACGAGACAACAUUCAGGGCAUAACUAAGCCGGCCAUAAGACGUUUGGCCAGGAGAGGUGGUGUGAAGCGCAUUUCAGGUCUCAUUUAUGAAGAAACUCGCGGAGUUCUCAAAGUUUUCCUCGAAAACGUUAUACGCGACGCGGUGACAUACACUGAACACGCCAAGCGCAAGACGGUGACCGCCAUGGACGUUGUAUACGCGCUGAAACGACAAGGACGCACGCUGUACGGCUUUGGGGGCUGA